CACGCUAGUUGACCGUUAUGCUUUCUCCUAUGGUAAAAGCGCCGAUCUCAGUAUAGAAGAUCUCCUGUAUAGAAUAUGUCUAAUAUAGAAGCUCUCUAAUUAUAGAAGCUCUCUGAUUAAACUUCCGUGCUUUCCUACAAAUUGACGUCACGGCUAAACAGUCCCCCUUCCGUUUGCAGUGGUUCAGUCUGAUGUUUGUUCGCGACGGUCAAUAGCUAAACUCGGCCAACAUUAAAUCAUCAUCAGACUCAACUAACAGUAAAGCAUCAUGUCUGUGGCUUUCGCACCGCACCGGCAGCGCACUAAAGGCGACAUAACGCCCGCAGGAAUUCAGAAGUUACUGGAUGAAAACAAUCAGUUGAUUCAGUGCAUCAUGGACUUUCAAAGUAAAGGAAAAACGGCUGAAUGUUCACACUACCAGCAGAUGCUGCACAGAAAUCUGGUGUAUCUGGCCACAAUAGCAGACUCGAAUCAAAAUAUGCAGUCCCUGCUGCCUGCGCCACCCACUCAGAACAUUACCAUGAAUCAAAGCGGGGCCCCUUCACAGCCCCCUCACGGUCACAGUAUGCCCCCAGAGGGGCCGCCGGCCCCACACAUGCAGAACCAGAUGAAUGGACAGAUACCUGGUCCUAACCAUAUGUCCAUACAGGGCCCUGGCCCCAGUCAGACGCCCAGCAUUCCCAGCAGCUCCAUGAACAUGCCGUCAAGCAGCCAUGGCUCAAUGGGGGUGUAUAACCACACUGCACCCUCCCCACAAAGCAUGCAGUCACAGGGACAGAUGAACAUGAGUCAAGGGCAACCCAUGGGCAGUUAUGCCCCUCGACCCAACAUGAACAUGCAGCCCAAUCAGGGGCCUAUAAUGCACCAGCAGGCUCCAUCUCAACAGUAUAACAUGCCCCCUGCGAGUGGCGGCGGACAGCAUUACCAGAGUCAGCAGAACCCCAUGGGCAUGAUGGGUCAGGGCAAUCAUGUGAUGGGACAGAGACCAAUGCCGCCCUACAGACCACCACAUCAAGGACCUCCUCAGCAGUACCCUGGUCAGGAUGACUACUACGCAGAACAAUACAGUCAUGGAGGACAGGGGGCGCCAGAGGGAAACGCUCAGUAUGGUCAGCAACAAGAGGCAUAUCAGCAGGGUCCAGCGCAGCAGCAGGGUUACCCACCGCAACAGCAGUAUACCGCGCAGCAGGGUUAUCCUGGACAACAGCAGGGAUACGGUUCGUCUCAGGGUGCUCCAGGUCAGUACCCAAACUACCCCCAGAGUCAAGGGCAGCAGUAUUCAGCCUACAGACCACCACAGCCCGGACCACCACAAGGACAGCCACAGCGCCCCUAUGCAUUUGACCAGGGUCAGUAUGGAAACUACCAGCAGUAAAUUCAGAGUGCUUGACUUCCAGUCUGAGUGUUUCCUGUCAUGUGUGGUGUGUGACCUGAUGAAGGGCUCGUGCUUUCUUUUAAACUCCCUGUACAUCACUUGUGAAGAGAGGAAUCUUCCCUGCUAAUGUAGACUGCGUUCUUAAUGCGGCCAAAUGCUCAACAGUGAUUGACUUGAUUAUCAGCACAGAUGGUCUAAAUGUGACACACCUGUAAAACUCAGUCUUUUUGCAGCAUUAGGAAAGUAAAAUUGAAUUUCCUGUCAACUUUUAUCUGCAUUUUUGAGUUGUACAGAGUAGCCAUCUCAUAGCAGCAAUGCCUUAAAAGAUACAGCUGCCUUAUUUACAGUAAAACCAGUGAAAAUAACACACAGACACACAUAGCAAUGUUCAUAAGCUGCAGAAUGUUUUCUCUCUCUCUCUAAUAAAGUUCACCAUGUGAUUCUCAAGCCCCUUCUGCAAAUAUCAGAGAAGCAAUAAUGCUGAGGGCUGCUGAAGGAGAUUUUUUUAAAUCUCAGGUUCAAAACUUUCCUAUGUUUAAAAGUAUUUUAUGCUUUAUGAAAUAGAGCUCAGACUGAGUCCAGGUGUUGUCCUGUCUUUAAUGACUGUGUUUGAUCUCUCUUUUCUUUUGAGGCUGGGAAGUUCCAUUGAUGAAACCAUCUGGUACUGUAAUGACUUGAAUGUCAAUCAUGAAAAUACUGCUUUGUGUAAAAUGUGAGUUUUAUGUAGAAAUAAUCUCUAAAAGUGAAGUCUCAUUGAAAUUGUCAGACUUUGUAUCAGUUGAUAGCUUUUAAUAAAAUCAUGUCUUUUUGCAGAAACAGCUGUGCCAACUGCAUUUAAUAUGAAAA